CCCCAGAGGCCUCCUCUUGAACUGCGGGUCCAACUCCGCCCUCGAAUUCAACAACCUGACCUACAUCCCCGACCACCCUUUCGUCUCCGUCGGCGUCCCUGGAUCCUCCGCCUCCGCCGCCGCCGGCAGCCUCCUCCCCCUCCUCUCCACCCUCCGGUCCUUCCCCUUCGACCCCCGCGAUCCAAAACCCUAAAGUCCUGCUACUCCAUCCCCACCUUCCGCGGGCCCGCUACCUCGUCCGCACACCUACUUCUACCACGGCGGCGGCGGCGCCGUCCUGCGGCGCCGCCGUGGUUCGACCAGAUCGUGACGACCUUCUGGACGGUGUGUAAUACGACGAGGGACUAUGUGAGCGGGAUGGCUUCGAGCUAUGAGGGGGUGUUCUUGGCUAGGGGGAAGAUUAUGAGCGUUUGUGUUGCUGGGAAUUACUAUACCGAGUCCGACCCGUUCAUUAAUGCGCUGGAGAUGAUUAUAUUGGAGGACUCGGUGUAUAAUUCGACUGAUUUUACUAAGAAUGCUCUGGGCCUCGUGGCGAGGAGUAGAUUCGGACACGACGGGCCAAUUACAAGGUACCCAGAUGACAGAUUCAAUAGAUAUUGGCAACCAUUUAUUGGCGAUGCUCGGGCAACAAGUGGAACUAAAGACAUUUCAGCUGCAGGUUUUUGGAACCUCCCACCAACAAAUGUUUUUAGUACUGCCCUGACAACUGAACAAGAUGGUCCCAUGGAAUUGCAAUGGCCUCCACUGUUUCUUCCAGACUCUAGCUACUACAUUGCUCUUUACUUUGCAGAUCAAUCAUUUCAGGCCACCAGAGCACUCGAUAUCUUUAUAAAUGACUAUAGUUUCUACGAUAAUUUGAAGGUUACAUCUUCUGGGCUUGCUGUCUUUGCGACCCAAUGGAAUCUUUCUGGUCUUACAAAGAUUACUCUCUCUCCUUUAUCUUCUAUGCCUCCUAUAAUCAACGCAGGGGAGAUUUUUGGUGUUAUUCCUCUUGGAGGAAUAACUCUUACACGUGAUGUAAUUGCGUUAGAUAGAAUAAAGAAAAGCAUUCAAAACCCACCAGUUGAUUGGAAUGGGGAUCCUUGUUUGCCUCACGGAUACACAUGGUCUGGAAUUACAUGCUCUGGUGGGUCACGUAUCCGUGUGAUCUCUCUGAAUCUGUCUGGCAUGGGUCUGUUGGGAUCUCUCUCACCUAAUAUUGCAAAUCUGACAGCCCUAACUGCUCUCUCCUUUGCAAAUAAUAACUUCUCAGGACCUAUUCCAGAGCUCGGCCGAUUACAAAUGCUUGAGAAGCUGCAUUUGCAGAAUAAUCAGUUGACUGGAGGCAUUCCACAAUCGCUUGGAAAUAUCAAGAGUCUACACGAGCUUUUCCUGGAGAACAAUAAUCUUAUUGGCAAAAUUCCCACAAACUUGUCAGGAAAAUCUGGACUAACCCUCAGGCUGUUACCUGGGAAUAACUUUUCUUAGUCGUCUCCAGUCUUUGUUGGUUAGUUUCAUUUCUUCCUCGAUGGUGAAGAGCACCAUCUGGUUACUAUCUUCUCGACUUUGGCUUUAUAUGUUAGCUGAAGUGCACUCAAUAGAAGGAUUAUCAUCUUUCACUCGCUGGAUAAUUAUUGAGAUGUUAAGCAAGACUUGCAGAUAAAAGCGGCUUACAUAAAAUAGCUCUGGAAUAUAUAGGUAUCAUGUUAAGUUUAUUGUUUAGGCAGGAGCUAUAAUUGCUCUUAGCAUCAUAAGAAAGAAUAAAAUCUCUCCUAUAUUCAAAUUGUAUAAAUAGACUCGAUCAGAGCUUGGAGGUCAAACUGCAUAUUGUGUUUGAAAAUAGAUGUCUGUUGUACAAAUGUUUUGGUAAAUGUACACAUUUUCAUGAAUCAAUAUAGUUUCCUUUUUGCA